CCAAAAAUGCAGAGUUAACUCUGAAGUCUCAAGCGCUACAGUUAAUACAAACAUGAAGUUCCUUAUCGUCCUAGUCGCACUCUUCGCUCUGGCCAUCGCAGCCCCAAGCGAUGACAAAACUGUUAUUGUGGAGCAGAGUUCGGAUGUUGAACCCAACGCAUUCAAAUCAAAUCUGAAACUGUCCGAUGGCACUGAGAUUGAGUCAGCUGGUCAACUGACCAACGCAGGAACCGAUGAUGAAGCUUUGGAAGUUAAUGGAAGAUACACUUAUCCCGACCCUGAAGGCAAGGUUCAUACUGUCAACUAUCAUGCCGGUGUCAACGGUUACCAGCCCGAGAGCGAGGAUAUUCCCAUUGCACCCACACUUCGUGACGCGAAAUCUCUCAAAAUGCUGUUCAAAACUACCGUCUUCGCCGUGUGCGCCCUUCUGUUCGCUUCCUUGAUCAACGCAGCUCCAGUUAGUUCCGAUGGAGAGGCGACAGUUGUGCGAAAUGAUUUCGACAACAUUGGUACUGAUGGAUACAAAUAUGGUUAUGAGACAUCCAACGGCAUUUCUGCUCAACAAGAAGGUCAAGUUGUAAACGCUGGUGCCGAGAAUGAGAGCAUCAGUGUGAGGGGACAAUUCCAAUUUACAGGCAAUGAUGGUGUUGUCUACUCAGUUUCUUACGUCGCUGAUGAGAAUGGUUUCCAACCACAAGGCGCUCAUCUUCCAGUGGCACCUCAAUAAUAAUCUUAUAUAUAAGAAAAAAAAUAAAGUUGAGCUGAUAUAAUAAAUGCUGAUUUCCUA